GCCGACGUCACGGCCACUGCCAGGGCUUCCGGGUUGAACUUUUGAAUAUGUCGCGCCAGCUGAGAGCCCCUAGGUUUGACCCUCGCGCCGGAUUCCAUGCGGAGGGCAAGGACAGAGGUCCCUCUGUCCCCCAGGGCCUGCUGAAGGCAGCGAGGAGCAGCGGCCAGCUCAACUUGGCGGGAAGGAACCUCGGGGAAGUCCCUCCGUGUGUUUGGAGAAUAAAUGUGGACAUUCCUGAGGAGGCCAAUCAGAACCUUUCGUUCAGUUCCACUGAACGGUGGUGGGAGCAGACCGAUCUGACCAAGCUCAUCCUCUCCAGCAAUCAGCUCCAGUCUCUUUGUGAUGACCUCCGGCUCUUGCCUGCCCUCACUGUUCUUGACAUACAUGAUAAUCAGCUGACAGCUCUUCCUUCAGCUAUAAGAGAGCUAGGCAAUCUUCAGAAACUUAACGUCAGCCACAACAAACUGCAAACGCUCCCUGAAGAGGUCACAAGCCUAAGAUCCCUGAGGACGCUGCACCUGCAACACAACGAGCUGGCCCGCCUCCCUGCGGGGUUGGAGCGCCUGGCCAGCUUAGAAGACUUAGACCUGUCAAACAACCGCCUCACAGCUGUGCCUGCUGAUGUUGCCUUGCUGCCCAGUUUGCUGCGACUCAGUCUUUCUAGUAACCAGCUGAAGAGCUUGCCCCCUGAAAUGAGCAGGAUGAAAAAAUUAAAGCAUUUGGAUUGUGAUGACAAUCUCCUGGAGACAGUGCCUUCUGAUGUGGGCAGCAUGGAGUCACUGGAAUUGCUUUAUUUGCGGAGGAAUAAAUUACGUGUUCUCCCUGAUUUUUUUUCUUGUAAGCUACUAAAGGAACUGCACCUGGCUGAGAACCAGAUCCAAACAUUAGGAGCAGAGCAUCUUCAGCACCUGCAGGCCAUCCUUGUGCUGGACCUCAGGGGCAACAAGCUGCAGGCUGUUCCUGAGGAGAUAGCCCUGCUGCAGUCCUUGGAGAGGCUUGACCUAAGCAACAAUGAUAUUAGUAGUCUGCCCUGCUUAUUGGGAAACCUUCACUUGAAAUUCCUGGCACUAGAAGGAAAUCCUCUAAGAACAAUUCGAAGAGAAAUUAUAGCUAAAGGAACUCAGGAAGUCCUCAAGUACCUGCGAAGCAAGAUCCAAGAUGAUGGAACUACUCAAAAUGAUUCUGUUCCUGUCACUGCCAUGACACUACCCAGUGAAUGCAGAGUCAAUACCCAUGCCAUGGUCACUCUAAAGCUGCUGGACUAUAGUGAUAAACAAGCAACCCUGAUUCCUGAUGACAUAUUUGAUGCCACAAGAAGCACUAUCAUCACUACGGUCAACUUCAGUAAGAAUCACCUGUGUGAGAUUCCAAAAAGGAUUGUUGAGCUGAAGGAAACAGUAUCGGAUGUCAACCUCAGUUUUAACAAACUUUCCUUUAUAUCCCAGGAGUUUGGCUUGCUUCAGAAAUUGACAUUUUUGGAUUUAAGGAAUAAUUUUUUAAGCUCCUUGCCUGAAGAGAUGUCAUCCUUGACAAAGCUACAAACGAUCAAUCUUUGCUUUAACAGGUUCAGAGUGAUGCCUGCAGUCCUGUAUCACAUCCCCACACUGGAAGCAGUUCUGAUCAGCAACAAUCAGGUUGGCUCUAUCGACCCUCAGAAGGUGAAGCUGAUGGAAAACCUGAGCACUCUGGACCUGCAGAACAAUGACCUCCUGCAGAUUCCCCCAGAGCUCGGCAACUGUGUGCAGCUACGAACACUGCUGCUGGAUGGAAAUCCAUUCCGGGUUCCCCGAGCGACCAUAUUAACGAAAGGCACAGCUGCCGUGCAGGAGUAUUUGAGGGGCCGGAUCCCUGCCUGAGUACAGCGGGCU